CAAAAUCGAGCCGCGGACUAUCCGCGGGCCCAGGUGAAAACCCUUAUAAAAGAACUCCCGAUUGCACUUUGUAAUCCUUCUGGAAUGCUCCGGUAAGUAAAAUUUUUUAAAAAAUUAAGGAGCUAGGGUUUUGGAGGAAUUUCGGCGGACCUGAAAUGGGGACGGAGAGGAAGCGGAAAGUGAGUUUGUUCGACGUGGUUGACGAUUCGUCGGUGGCGGCUGCGACGGCGAAGGUUUCUAAGACCAACGGCAACGCCGGGGUGAUGUCGACUAUCAACCGGUGGAAUGGUCGGCCUUACUCUGCGAGGUAUUAUGAGAUUCUUGAGAAGAGGGCCACUCUUCCUGUUUGGCAGCAGAAAGAGGAGUUCUUGCAGGUGUUGAAAGAGAACCAAACCUUAAUCUUGGUUGGUGAAACUGGCAGCGGUAAAACAACUCAGAUUCCUCAGUUUGUAUUGGAAUCUAUUGAAUUAGAAACCCCUGAUAAACGAAGGAAGUUCAUGGUUGCGUGCACACAGCCUCGAAGAGUUGCUGCAAUGUCGGUUUCUCGACGAGUUGCUGAGGAAAUGGAUGUCAAUAUAGGAGAGGAAGUUGGUUACAGUAUUCGUUUUGAGGAUUGCAGUAGUGCAAGAACGGUGUUAAAAUAUUUAACAGAUGGUAUGCUUCUAAGGGAAGCUAUGACAGACCCACUUCUGGAAAGAUACAAAGUAAUAAUUCUUGAUGAAGCUCAUGAGCGAACUCUGGCUACUGAUGUGCUGUUUGGGUUACUUAAGGAAGUGCUGAAAAAUAGACCUGAUCUAAAGCUGGUUGUUAUGAGUGCCACUCUUGAAGCUGAAAAGUUCCAAAGCUAUUUUAAUGGUGCACCACUCAUGAAAGUCCCUGGGAGACUUCACCCGGUAGAAAUUUUUUACACUCAGGAGCCUGAGAGGGAUUAUCUCGAGGCUGCUAUUCGAACUGUUGUGCAGAUACAUAUGUGUGAACCUCCUGGUGAUAUACUUGUUUUUCUUACUGGAGAAGAAGAGAUUGAGGAUGCAUGUAAAAAGAUUGCGAAGGAGAUUGGUAAUUUAGGAGAUCAAGUGGGGCCUGUUAAAGUUGUGCCUUUAUACUCCACACUACCUCCAGCCAUGCAGCAGAAAAUUUUUGAACCUGCUCCAGCCCCGUUGGUGGAAGGUGGUCCAGCUGGUAGGAAAAUUGUCGUCUCAACAAAUAUUGCAGAAACCUCGUUGACCAUUGAUGGAAUAGUUUAUGUUAUAGAUCCGGGUUUUUCAAAGCAGAAAGUGUACAAUCCUCGAGUUCGCGUGGAGUCUUUAUUGGUUUCUCCAAUAUCAAAAGCUAGUGCUCACCAGCGUUCUGGUCGUGCUGGAAGAACACAGCCUGGUAAAUGUUUUAGGCUCUAUACCGAGAAAAGUUUUAACACAGACCUCCAGCCACAAACAUAUCCGGAGAUACUGCGCUCAAACUUGGCCAACACGGUUCUUACUUUGAAGAAACUUGGUAUAGACGACUUGGUCCAUUUUGAUUUUAUGGAUCCUCCUGCUCCAGAGACAUUAAUGAGAGCUUUGGAAGUAUUAAAUUACUUGGGUGCCCUGGACGAUGAGGGAAACCUGACAAAGGUGGGCGAGACUAUGAGUGAAUUUCCCUUGGACCCGCAGAUGUCAAAAAUGCUCGUGGUCAGCCCAGGAUUCAAUUGCUCCAAUGAAAUUCUUUCAAUAUGUGCUAUGCUUUCAGUACCAAAUUGCUUUGUCCGGCCUAGGGAGGCGCAAAAAGCUGCUGAUGAAGCAAAGAGUCGUUUUGGUCACAUUGAUGGGGAUCAUCUCACAUUAUUGAAUGUAUACCAUGCAUACAAGCAAAACAAGGAUGAUCCACAAUGGUGUUAUGAAAAUUUCAUCAAUCACAGAGCACUUAAAUCAGCAGAUAAUGUGAGACAACAGCUAGCGCGAAUUAUGGCCAGGUUCAACCUGAAGUUAUGCAGUACAGACUUCAACAGUCGUGACUACUAUGGCAAUAUCAGAAAGGCUAUGUUGGCUGGUUAUUUUAUGCAGGUGGCUCACUUGGAGCGUACUGGGCACUACUUGACCGUGAAAGAUAAUCAAGUGGUGCAUUUGCAUCCUUCGAACUGCCUUGAUCACAAACCAGAAUGGGUUAUUUACAAUGAAUAUGUAUUGACUAGUAGGAAUUUUAUCCGAACAGUCACUGAUGUCCGCGGAGAAUGGUUAGUCUUCUGUGUUUAUCUUUUGUUUAGUAUCUAUUUUUUUAUUAUUUUUGUAGUCGAACUUUCAAGGUGGCACUUUUUACCCAAUAAGUUCGGCAGUAUUCUUGAUUUAUAAUUUGUUCUGUGGAAUUGAGGUGGUUAUUAUGUCAAAUUUAUCAUGACUUGUUUCAUCCCAUUUUGUUAAACGUGAUGACCUUGUGCUUCUUGUUAACCACAUGCCUCCUAGUUUCCCUGGUUUGAGGUGGGGGCCCCGUUAACUGUUAAGAACAUUCUCGGUUGGAUUUAUUCUGUGCAUUCAUCUAUAUGCUUUUCUAACCUUUUGUUUCUGUAUCUAGCAGUCGAUCUCAUUAACUUGUCAUAGAUAUAUGUCCUCUAGAUGGUUGGCCUCCCCGGAUGAUUUGUCUUUGUUGGUUGAAUGAAUUUGGUCAUGUAAGUAGUUCAAGAUGGUUGAAUGAUUUUGAGAAGUGAGAUUGAUUUCUAGUUGACCAUUGGAUAUCAUGUGCUUUCCUUUUUUUCCGAUGGAAUGUGCUCAUGAAUACUUUCCCAGAUGUCUUUCUUUCACCAUUCUUCACUUACAUUUCACCCCGUAGUUGUUGUAGUAGUUUGUGAGUUCUAUCUUUGACAAAGUUGAUUGAAAGUGUGCCUGUUGCUGUUAUCACGGCCAUGUAUCCGUAUGGUUUGCCGGGUCCUUUUUGACUUCUCUGUUGUUUCUUUGCUACUCUGACCUGGAUGUUUCAUAUUUGGCAAUUACUUGUUUUCUUAGGAGCAGUAGCUGAGUUUAAAUUCUUGUCAGACCUGAUUUUUUGGUUUCUUUAUAUUAUAGGUUGGUAGGCAUAGCUCCUCAUUAUUACGAUUUGACAAACUUCCCAAAUUUCUUUAUAUUGUAGGUUGGUAGACAUAGCUCCUCAUUAUUACGAUUUGACAAACUUCCCAAAUUGUGAGGCGAAGCGUGUCCUUGAGAGACUUUACAAGAAACGGGAGAGAGAGAAAGAAGAAAGCAAAAGCAGGAAGUGAAGUCCCGCCAUUGUGGCUGUAUUGGAGAGAUUCCACGAAGUUCAGAUGUGAUGGCAGCUAUAUAUUGUUUCACAAUCUGUCUUUGUUUGGGACUUUGAUUCGAAAUCUUUAAUGGGUUGGCAUGGCAGCUGUUAGUUCCCUGUUGGGCGGGUGAAAGUUUCAAGUUUUGCAUUCACUUACGAUACAAUGCCCCGCCCCACAACUAUGUUGGGUUCCAGUUCCAUGCUUUAUUUGUAAUCCCAUGUUUUUGAUUGUUGGGAUUUUAAAGCUUUAGGCUUGUUUUCAAUUGCUAUAACAUAGUGUUUUAAGAUUAUUUUAUGAUAUAGAAAUAUUUUGACGAUGUAACUGUUGUGAAAUCUAGUAGUGAAGAUCUAGCUCAUCAACCACGAGAAAAAGCAAUGUUUUUAUUAAUUUCUUUUUGUUCUUGAUCCUAUGUGGUCUUUUUUUUCUCUUUGCUUCUAUUUUCUUGGUGAAGAGAAAAAAAAGGAAUAAUUGGGAAGGGUUUGCCUAUAGUUAAAAGCGUGGAUAGCACUGUCAGCUCCGAAUCCUCUGGAAAUAAAAAUUGAAGGGUGAACAUGAACAGUAGAGGAUAAGUAAAGUAUCGGCGAAUAAUAACAAGUACUUAGGUAUAUUUUACAAGGUGUAUUUUAUGGGCAUGUGUAAUAGACCAAGUUGAUUUAUUUUUUUUUAAAAUUUUAGUUAUACGCGCAUUAAAUCUUACAAUUCUCAUUCCAUUUUUUUC